AUGGAACAAAGUCAUAAAGUUAGCCUAAAAUUUGUUUCUCCUCUCCAAAUCACGGCCGAUUCAAUGGCCAAAAAUCGGAACACUUCGCUCCUUGAGUCGGAGCUCUAUUACUUGAUUUCUCGUUUUCUAACAACGGGUCCAUGUCGGAGAGCGGCUGAGGUCCUGGCGAGCGAAUUAGAGGAAUAUCAGCUUUUGCCCAGGAGACUGGACUGGUUGGGAAACGAGCACCCGAGAACAUAUGAAGAUGUGGUUGCAGCCAACAGACACAUUGCACCAGACCAUUUGCUGCAGAUAUGUAAGCAGAUUGGACCACUUCUUGACAAAGAGGUGCCAUCAUGUGUCCCAGGAGUACACUCUCUCCUGGGGUCCGGAAAGCAGUCAAUGCUUAGGACCCCAAAAGACUGUGACAGUGUGCGGUUUAAAGCUUCAUCAUAUGCAGCCCUUCACAGGGGCAGACCACCAGAGAGGCCUUUGAACUGCAAGAAUCCUCCACCCUUAGUGAAGGUGCAUCGCGGGAGAGAGCUGACGGGAGCGCAGCGCUUCAGCUCCAUCAAUCCUGUCAGCAACUAUGAGCAUAUGCGACUGCAUAGGCGGAUCCUGGGGCAUCUGUCUGCAGUGUACUGUAUCGCAUUUGAUCGCUCCGGUCUCAGGAUCUUCACAGGCUCGGAUGACUGUUUGGUGAAGAUUUGGUCUUCGUUUGAUGGAAGGCUUCAUUCGACGUUGCGAGGACACUCUGCAGAAAUCACAGACUUGGCGGUUAAUUAUGAGAACACAUUAAUUGCCGCGGGAAGCUGUGACAAGACCAUCCGUGUAUGGUGCCUUCGUACCUGUGCUCCUGUGGCUGUGCUGCAGGGGCACAGUGGAUCCAUUACCUCCCUUCAGUUCUCACCGUUUGCCAAGGGCUCAAAACGUUACAUGCUGUCCACUGGAACUGAUGCUACUGUCUGCUUCUGGCAGUGGGAUGUCAACAACAUCAACUUUAGUGAUCGGCCACACAAAUUUACAGAGCGGCCAAGGCCAGGAGUUCAGACUGUGUGCUCCUCAUUCAGUCCAGGUGGGAUGUUCUUAGCAACAGGAAGUACUGAUGAUGUCAUCAGAAUAUAUUACCUGGGAUGCGGAAGUCCAGAAAAGAUAUCAGAGCUCCAUGAGCACACAGACAAAGUUGAUAGCAUCCAGUUUUGCCACUCAGGUGAAAGGUUUGUGAGUGGAAGUCGUGAUGGAACAGCGCGGAUCUGGAAGCUCCAUCAGCGGCAGCAGUGGAGGUGCAUCUUGCUCAACAUGUCUGCCACUCUUCCAGGUGCUGAAGCAAUGAGUGAAGAGGAAAGCUACUUCAAACCCAAAGUCACCAUGGUAGCGUGGGAUCGCCAUGACAAUACAGUCAUCACGGCUGUUAACAACCAUCUCCUCAAAGUGUGGAACUCCUACACAGGACAGCUGCUACAUAUCCUUAAAGGCCAUGAGGCUGAGGUGUUUGUGCUGGAACCACACCCUUUUGACCCCAGGAUCAUCCUAUCUGCUGGCCAUGAUGGGAAUGUCUUCAUAUGGGAUCUGCUGCGAGGAACAAACACACAGCACUACUUCAACAUGAUCGAGGGCCAGGGUCACGGAGCCGUGUUCGACUGCAAAUUUACUCCCGAUGGCCAGCGUUUCGCCUGCACAGACUCUCACGGCCAUCUGCUCAUCUUUGGCUUCGGCAGUUCCAAGCCAUAUGAGAAGCUUCCAGACCAGGUGUUCUUCCACACAGACUAUAGGCCGUUGAUCCGAGACGCCAACGGCUUUGUGCUGGAUGAACAGACACAACAGGCACCCCAUCUCAUGCCCCCUCCCUUCUUGGUGGACGUAGAUGGAAACCCCCAUCCACCGAGGUACCAGCGUCUUGUCCCAGGGCGGGAGAACAUUGCGGCUGAACACCUGGUUCCUCAGCUGGGAUACGUAGCCACCAGUGAUGGCGAGGUGGUGGAGCAGGUGAUCAGCCAGCAGACUGCUGAGCAUGAGGAGGUUGCGAUAAGACGCAGCAGCCUUCUGGACGAAGCCAUCCGACAGCUCCGGGAGCAACAGGACCGGCAGAGCCAGCCUGGGAGAGAGGCAGUUCUGGGUGCUGUAGCAGGACCAGAGGGGCAAGUUGAGGCACAGGGCCCAGCCUUGGCACCAGCACCAAGCACACCACGCAGAGUGUCUGUGAAUGAUCGAGCAGAUGUGCAGUCACCCCCCAAUGUGGGUCUGCGCCGCAGUGGACAGGUGGAGGGUGUCCGGCAGAUGCACCAGAAUGCUCCUCGCAGCCAGAUGGCCACAGAGAGAGACCUGCAGGCCUGGAGACGCAGGGUGGUGGUGCCUGAACUGGCACCCAGCAACUACAGGGACCAGGAGGACAUCCGAACAGCCAAAGGAGAUGAGGAGGUGGCUCUGUACAAUGCAAAGAAGAGGCGCAUUAUCUACAGUAGCUGUCGAGAUGAUUCAGAUGAUGAGCCUCCCACUACGAAGCGAGCACAUGGCCGCAGUGACACAGUGGAUUUCAUCGACUUCUCAUGUGAAGAGGGAGAGGAGACUGCAAGCUCAGAGGGACACUCUGAGGACAAUGACUUGGAUGGGAGUGAAUUGGAGUCAUCCAAUGAUGAGGAGGAGUGGAACAGUGACAGCUCAAGCCACACGUCCAGCGAGUACUCAGACUGGACGGCCGAUGCUGGUAUCAACCUGCAGCCCUCUACCCCAUUGUCAUCACGGAAACGAGUGCAGCGCAGACUCAGCACUUCCGAGGAGGAGGAGGAAGAGCAUGAUGAUGAGGAGGAGAAGCAGCAGAGUGACGAGGAGGAAAAACCUGAGAAGAAAAGCAAAGAGAAGGCAAAGAAAGCAAAGAACAAGGCACCCCGGCGUCCAAAGGCCAGACCAUCCAUCAACAGAGAAGUGUCCAAUGAGUUCAGACCCUCUCCAUGGAUCACUGAUGUCAUUCCCAGGAAGUCUCCUUUUGUUCCCCAAAUGGGUGACGAGGUCAUCUAUUUUCGGCAGGGACAUGAAGCCUACGUUGAGGCUGUGAGCCGGAGUGAACUGUACCACAUCAACUUAGACAAACAGCCCUGGAAGAAAAUGGAGCUGCGGGACCAAGAGUUUGUGAAGAUCACUGGGAUCAAAUAUGAAGUCUGCCCUCCAACACUUUGCUGUCUGAAGCUGACCCUUAUUGACCACGGCACUGGCAAAAUCUCAGACAAGUCGUUUUCUGUCAAGUAUCAUGACAUGCCAGAUGUUAUAGAUUUCCUGGUUUUGAGGCAAAGUUAUGACGAGGCACUCCGUAGAAACUGGCAACCAAACGACAGGUUUCGCUCAGUGAUAGACGAUGCCUGGUGGUUUGGGACCAUCGUCUGUCAGGAGCCCUACCAACCAGAGUAUCCUGACAGUCUCUUCCAGUGUUUCAAAGUCAGAUGGGACAAUGGGGAAACUGAGAAACUGAGUCCUUGGGAUGUGGAACCUAUUCCAGAUAAUGCCCAGCAGCCAGAGACAGAAGGAGGUGGUAUCCCUGUGACAGCAGAUGAGAUGAGCGAGCUGAUGUACAAACCUCUGCAAGGAGAGUGGGGGGAGAGGAGCAGGGACGAGGAGUGUGAACGCAUCAUCGCUGGCAUCGACCAGCUCAUCACUGUCGAGAUUGCAGCUCCCUUCUCUGGUCCUGUGGACUUGAUCCAGUAUCCCACCUACUGCACUGUAAUCGCCUAUCCUACUGAUUUGGGAACCAUCAGACUGCGACUCAUGCACAGAUUCUACAGACGCCUCUCAGCAUUAAUUUGGGAUGCCAGGUAUAUUGCACAUAAUGCCCGCACUUUCAAUGAGCCAAGGAGCAAGAUUGCCCACUCUGCAAAAAUCAUCACAAAUGUCCUCCAGAAGUUUGUCAAUAAUCCAAGCUGCACAGAUAUCAUGGAGAUUUACAAUGCUGUGGAAGAGAUGGAUGAUGAUGAAGAGGUAAGUGACACAGAAGCACCAGGAACCUCAGCCGGACACCGGUUACGUCAGCGCUCUGUAGAGGUGCUGCCAGACAGAGAUGCCUGGAAGGAACAGUGCAAGAAUCUGCUCAACUACAUAUUUGAGUGUGAGGACUCAGAGCCAUUCAGACAGCCUGUGGAUCCCGAGAACUAUCCAGACUACCAUGUCAUUAUUGAUACACCAAUGGACUUUGGCACAGUGAAAAGGACCUUGGAAGAAGACCACUAUGAAAACCCUGUAGAGCUUUGCAAAGACACCCGCCUAAUAUUUGCCAAUGCUAAAGCCUACACACCCAAUAAACGCUCCAAGAUUUACAGUAUGACCUUGCGCCUCUCUGCCUUCUUUGAGGAGCAAAUCAGAACAAUCAUAUCCGAGUACAAAACUGCCGUUAAGAGCAGUGAUAGGCUCCGCCGCAGUCAGCGGUUCCGCAAGAAAAUGCAGCAACAGGAUCAGUCCACCGCCACAACAAGUCAAAAGAGGGCUGCAGUCAAAACUCAGGAAAAAGUGGAGUCGACGUCAGUGACCAAAUCUACCUCAGCCAAAGUGUCUGUUCCUGAGAGAGCCAGGAGGAGUCGAAGCAGCAGCUCAGGUCACAGCUCCUCCGAGGACGACUCCGGCUCCAAAGCUGCUUCGUCAACACCAGAAUCUGACAGUGAGAGCGAGUCAGAGGAGGAAAAACGUCCUGGUUCCUCAAGGCACCACCAACGCAGACACAAAGCAAGAGUUACAAGAAGCAAUUGUGCCAAGCAGAGGAAAAAAGUUGCAGAGAGCGAUAGUGAAGAGGAAGAAGACGACGAUGAAGAAGAGGAGGAGGAGUUUGACAGUGAAGGUGAAGAGGGUGAGGAUGGAGAAGUUUCCUCCCAGUCUUCAGGUCGUCGCUACCCCAGCAGGAGUAAAAACAGCAGGAGUACACGGCUGACCAGAAACAGUGCUGCCGCAGACAGGAAACGGACAGAGGGCAGAGCAGAGAUGAACGGUCACAGCAGUAGGUCAUCUCGCAGGGAGAGACGUCACCACCAGGACUCUGACAGAGCCACGUCCCAGGGCUCGGACAGGGAGGAAGAGGAAAUCACGGUCCGCAGAUCACUCAAGAGGAAGACGGCGAGAGCAGCUGUGAAUAAGAUCAAACUCCUGGAUGUGUCGGAUGAAGAAGACGAUGAAGAGGAGGAGAAGCCAAGGAGGAGCAGCAGCCGCCUCCGCCAUACAGCCCGUGCCAGCAAACGCACUGCAGUGAUCCAGAGCAGCUCAGAUUCAGACGGAGAGCGGUCAACACGGGCUUCUCGGAAUACAAAAAAAUCAGGUCGUGAAUCCAAGGAUGAGGAGGCUGGAAAUGAAAGCGAUGCUUCAUCCUCCUCCCAGAAUCAACAGAAUGGCAACACGAGGUCCAGUAAACAGAGGACAUCAAAACAAGCUGCUAAAACAAAGGGAAAUGAUAAUUUGUCCCAUGUAAACGGACACAGUGCAAAACAUCACAAGUCUGACAGCAACUCUGAGCAGGAGGAAACUGCAGAGGAGAGUUCCGGAGAAGCUGAAGAGGAGGAGGAGAAACAGGUGGCCGUGUCUCGGAAACCUUCUAGAAGCACAGGAAGCACUCCAGCCAGGAAAAAGAGGAUUACAAGUGAGGAGGAAGAGGAGGAGAUAGAGGACACUGAACGCAGGACCACACGACACAAACCUCCUGUAAGCUCAGAUGAAGAGGACAAAGACCACAGUUCCCAGAAACACCCACACCAAAAUGGAAAAAACAUGGAGGAAGCAAUCCACAAGGACUCUAAGAAAAAAAGUAAAGUUUCGCCAUCAAAAAACCAAGAUAAACAAAAAUCUGCCUCAACUAAUAAACUGGAUGGUGCAGAAUCAGAUGAACUCAGUGAUUCUCCAAAGAGAUCCAGCCCACGCAAGAAAAGACUGAAAAAAGACGUAGAACAUGAAGAAGAAAGUAAUCACUCCAGUGAAGAAUUUGAAGUUGAAACAAAGACAAAGAGGUCAACACGAAACAAGAGCAAAUCUAAACGGCCUCAUGGCGACACCUCAGCCUCAGAGAGUUCUGAGCAGGAAUACAGACCCAAGAGGAAGUCGAAAAGGAAACGCUCCACUGGCUCAUCAGAUGAAGAGUCGGAUAAUUCAGAUAACACAUCAAAUAGACGGCUGAGUCUCCGGGCCCUACCAAAAAAGAAAUACAUCAGUGACAACUCUUUUUCUGAGGAAGAUUCUGCUUCUGUGGGCCAGGGUAAACAGAGGAACGGCAGGUGUAAUAAGAGAGAGUCUAACAGGACCUCUCCCAGUGAAACCAGGAAUCAGUCUUCCAAGAGAAAACGUAUUUACACUUCAGACUCUGAAGAUGUGGAGGAGGACAGAGAGAAGGAGCCAGUGUCCAAGAACAAUAAAAAUAGCAGGUCAGGCUCAUCAAAGCGUCCCAAAAGGGAAUCCAAACAAGGGGAUGGCAACAGCAAUGAAGAGGACACCUACUCCCAGUCUGAUUCCAGCGAGGAGGAGGAGGAGGAAGAUGUCCGUCGUUCGAAGAGCGGGAAAAAGAACUUGAGGCAGCCAAAACACAAACGAAAGGAAAGCUACAGCAGCAGCAACCACAGUUCUGACUCAGAAAGCGAGCAGUCAUCUUCAGCCUCUGAAAACUCAUUUGCCAGCUCAGGGUCCCACAGCAGUCCAAAGAGGAGAAGUCACAGACAGUCUGGGACUGGAGAAAGGACUGCCAGCCGCCAACUAAGGCAGCGCCGGCAACGUGCUGCCUCAGGGGAGGAGGAGGACAGUGACGAGUCAUAUAGCAAAUCGCAGCGAAAGACACGCGUGAACACCCGGAACCGGGGGAAGCGGACGGUAAAUUAUCACGACAGUGAAUGAAGGAGAGCGGCUGGAACCACAGGCUUUAGAGGAAAGACAGAGACGGACAUUAACUGGAGACCUUAAAGACACUUGAUGGCCAUGUUAUGGUAGUAGCACUGGAGUCCUCGAGAGAAAAUGCUGUGAAUCUGUUUCAUUCAGGGAUAUUUAUAUUUUCUAUGAAAAAAACAUGUUUAUAGAUGUAAUACAAAUUCAAGCAUUUGAACUGCUGGUUUUCACAAGGAUACAGAGCAAAAUACCACCUCCCAUACUGCUUGUUGUGAUUUGGCCAGCAGAGUAAACCAUUCUGGGGAAUCUUGUCAGCUUGGGUGCUAUCUAAUAUACCUCUGUUUAAUCAAGCAUAUUGCUGGCUUGCACUAAGAUACACUGUAAUGAGGUAUUUCAUACACUAGUUUUGCAUUAGAAACUCAGGGGUCAACUAAGUUUACUGUAGUCUCAGACAUGCAGUUGUUUUUUUGAGCUAAUGUAAGGAAAAGAAACAAUUCCAGGUCGGCAGAUGUCCAAGCACACUCAGUGGGACAAAAACGAAUCCAUGUUCAGACUUUUGACUACAGCACUCCUUUGUAAAUCCACACACUUAAUGCUUGACUGUAUUAUGUUUUGAUAUGAGCCAAAUGAACGAGUAUGAUUUUUUUUCCCAUACAUUUCAUUUUUUCAUUAGUUUUGUGUUGUAUUCUAGUAAAUAGAUGUAAAUAUGUGAUUGGGAAUGACAUUGUCUGAAAGGGUUAAUCAGUCAGUAGCAAAGCAUUAAUUUAAAUUUGAGGGUGUUUUUUUGUUUGUUUUUUUUGUUUGUUUUUUUUUUUUUUUUACAUUUAACUGCAUUGUCUUUCCAUAUGUCACAAAUUGGUACCUUUUUGCCAAGUACAAGUAACCAAAUGUACUUAUUGCAAAAUACUGUGAUUUCUCAUAUUGGGAAGACCUUUUAUUGUUGUCCUGUGUUACCUACUUUCAGUAUUAAAUUCUUUUUCAGAGUUGACUUAAAUGUUUUGCCAGUCACAUGGUUUAGUUUUGUUUAUGGGGAGGUUUCUAAAUAGUCGCUUUAUGACAUUUUGCUUAAUGUUUUUCGUACUACACCUUUAAUAAACAGAUUUCACAGGAAAACUAUUAACGCAAUGUGGUUGUGGAGUGCAAUGAAUGAGUUAUUCCUCCUAUUAAUAAAGACAUCAUUUCAAGGUG